AUGGCAGCCUCUGAUAAGAGCUAUCUCUGGACUUCUUCUUGUUCUGGGCGUUUUUCCACUUCAAUGGCCUAUCUUUCAAUCUUGAAUAAUGAUUUUACUGGAUCACAUCUAUGUCCUUUGUCUACUUUUUGGAGAGAUAUCUGGAAGCUCCAACUAACGGAUCGUCUUAGAAUAUUCAUAUGGAAGAUAGCUUGGAAUAUUUUGCCAACUACUCAGCGGUUACAGUCAAUCAUUCCUACAUACCAUCCUGAUGCUUCUUGUCCGCUCUGCAAAUCUGGUCAAGACUCCAUUAGGCAUCUUUUCUUUCACUGUCACUAUGCUAGAGUAGUUUGGCGUCUUUCACCUUGGCCGCUUGAUUCAACCUCUUUAGAUUCUCCUGAUCUACUAAAUUGGGUACGAGUUAUUUUAUACCCUGAUGUUUUGCUUAAAAUUCCUUUCUUGGAGAAACAUCGGUUUCAGGUCUUUGCAGCGGUUGCUUGUGACCUUCUUUGGUUCCAUCGAAAUAAGGCCUAUCAUGAUGGGCUGACUUUUGAUGCUCGUUCCAUUGCCAAUCUUGUUUGUAUUUCCUACCAUCAACAUUGUGAUGCUUGGUCUGCUAAGUUAUUUCCUAACCCUGAAAAAUGGAUUCGGCCUCCGUUACACUGGUACAAAAUCAACUUUGAUACUGCUAUACGUGCCACUUUUUCCUGUCAAGCAGCAAUUUGUCGAGAUAAUAACGGGAAGUUAAUCAAAGCGGCUACUCGAAUCCAGGCUGCUUGUUCAUCUAAUAAAGGCGAGGCUUUAGCUGCACAACUCGCUGUUUCUUUAGCAUCAUCCCUUCGCCUCGACCGGUUUAUCAUUGAAGGUGAUUCUCAAAUAGUAAUCCAUGCUCUACAACAGCCAAAUAUUGUUCAAGAUUGGCGUAUCACUGACAUCAUCCAACAAACACUAGACUUGUUCCCUCCUGAUUCGACUUGGUCAUUUCGGAAAGUCAAUAGAAGUGCAAACUUCGGUGCCCACUAUGUGGCACAUUGGGCCGCAGCUCGAUUCCAAUCAAGCAGCAUUCCCACAUCCUUAUCAGUCAUCUCUUCCGCUACUACUCAGAUUGUCAGUGUUAUUUUAGAUCCUGGGCAUAAUUUUCCUGUUUCCUAA